UCUUCCACAGGCAGAGGGCGCCACUACUUUUUCAUUCCCGUCCUAAUUGGCUCACGAGAUGCGGGAUCAGGAUGUUGAUACAGAGUGCACUGGCUCGUAGUAACUCGCUCACAUAGAGGCAGGAUCACAGGGCAGCGCGUGGUGCUACUCGCCGGCUGCUUGGAGCUGUCGUCUUCCGCUCUCAUCCCGGGGAGCCUGGCGGAGAUCUGAGCGGAGAGCCCCGGAGCCGCCUGGGAAUGGAAUGAGCCGGAGUGAUCGCUGCUCUGCUGCUGCUACUGCGGGGUCUCCGCUCUGCCAGCCCGUGGAAUGGUGCUGACAUCUGCCCGCAGCGCUACCUCAGCCAGCAGCAUGGAGACGUCUCCUGUCACCGCAGUGAACACGAAGCUAUGCCAGCAGAAGCCUGUGGAAGUGAAGGAGAACCCAGAAAAGCUCUGUCCAGUGACUAUGAACCCUCGGCACACCAGGAAGGCCUUCAAGGUUAUGAAUGAACUCCGCAGCCAGAAUUUGUUAUGUGAUGUGACAAUUGUAGCAGAAGAUGUGGAGAUAACGGCUCACAAGGUGGUUCUGGCAGCAUGCAGUCCUUACUUCCAUGCCAUGUUUACAGGUGAAAUGAGUGAAAGCCGAGCUAAGAGAGUCCGGAUAAAAGAGGUAGACGGCUGGACGCUAAAAUUGCUUGUAGAUUACGUUUACACUGCGGAAAUUAAAGUCACUGAGGAAAAUGUGCAGGUGCUUUUGCCAGCAGCCAGUCUCCUACAGCUUCAGGAUGUGAGAAAAACUUGCUGUGAGUUCCUAGAAUCCCAGCUUCAUCCAACCAACUGUUUAGGGAUCCGAGCGUUUGCUGACAUGCAUGCGUGUACAGAAUUGUUACAUCAGGCAAACACCUUUGCAGAACAACACUUUUCAGAUAUUGUCCAAGGUGAAGAGUUUUUGAAUCUUGGCAUAGAACAAGUGUGCAGCUUGAUCGCUAGUGAUAAGCUUACUGUUGUUUCAGAGGAAAAGGUAUUUGAAGCAGUCAUUACUUGGGUAAGCCACGACAAAGAUGUUCGCCAGGAGCACAUGGCACAUCUCAUGGAACAUGUCCGCCUUCCUUUACUUUCAAGAGAUUAUUUAGUGCAGAGAGUUGAAGAAGAGACACUAGUGAAAAACAGCAGUGCCUGUAAGGAUUACCUCAUUGAAGCCAUGAAGUACCACUUACUUCCUGGAGACCAACGGACAUUGAUAAAAAGUGCACGAACGAGACAGAGAACGCCUGUCAGUCUUCCCAAGUUAAUGGUUGUGGUUGGAGGCCAGGCUCCCAAGGCAAUCCGCAGCGUGGAGUGCUAUGAUUUCAAAGAGGAACAGUGGCACCAAGUGGCUGAACUGCCAUCAAGGAGAUGCAGAUCAGGUGUGGUCUAUAUGAACGGACACGUGUUUGCUGUUGGUGGAUUCAAUGGCUCUCUCAGAGUUCGUACUGUAGAUUCAUAUGACCCAGUGAAGGACCAAUGGAUAAGUGUGGCAAACAUGCAGGACAGGAGAAGUACUCUUGGGGCUGCAGUCCUCAAUGGACUUUUGUAUGCUGUUGGAGGAUUUGAUGGCAGUACAGGUCUGGCGACUGUUGAAGCUUAUAAUGUGAAGGCAAAUGAAUGGUUCCAUGUAGCACCAAUGAACACUAGAAGAAGUAGUGUUGGAGUUGGUGUUGUCGGAGGUAUGCUAUAUGCUGUUGGAGGUUACGAUGGGGCAUCACGACAGUGUCUUAGCACAGUUGAAUGUUAUAACCCUAGUACAAAUGAAUGGAGUUACAUUUCUGAAAUGGGCACACGAAGGAGUGGAGCAGGUGUGGGAGUAUUAAGUGGAUUGCUGUAUGCAGUUGGAGGCCAUGAUGGUCCAUUAGUUAGAAAAAGUGUUGAAGUUUUUGACCCCUCUACUAAUCUUUGGAAGCAAGUUGCGGAUAUGAAUAUGUGCCGGAGAAAUGCAGGUGUGUGUGCUGUUGACAGCAUGUUAUAUGUUGUCGGAGGUGACGACGGGUCAUGUAAUUUGGCAUCAGUGGAGUAUUAUAACCCAACGACUGACAAAUGGACACUUUUACCAUCUUGUAUGAGCACAGGGAGAAGUUAUGCAGGUGUUACAGUUAUUGAUAAGCCAUUAUGAUCUGAGCUCUUGUCUUCAGAAAGCAUUGGUAUAAAAUGAAGUGUGGCAUUACUUCCUUGUUUGCGACUACAAGCUGUGGCAGCGAAAAUUAAAGGCUUUUCGUCUGCAGUAAAGCGCAGCAGUCGCCGAAGAUUACCUAGGUUGAAGUAUUGCUCAGAGCUCUACUGUGCUGAGCAGCAGACGUCUGGAUUUUAGUAUGGUUUGUGAAAGUUGUUCACACAAUUCUUUUCCCAACUGUGACAAAAAUAAUUAGCAAAGCUGCUAUCAUGUCAUCCAGCUCUGGCUGACCACGAUUGACUGAAGGACGUCUUUAUAAAGAAGGAUUCAAGUGAUAUGUGUUUGGUGAGGUGAAGUGGACUAGACAUUAUAGUGAAGUAUCUCUUUCUGGAAUCUACAUGGGUAGAAUGUUAGGAGUCAUAUUUUCACAUACGAAGAUGCUUUUUUCAGCUAUGUGAAUAAAACCUGAACUGUGCGUGUAUGUUUGUGCAUACGUGUACUGUAUAAUUGUAAUUGCUGCUUUUUCAAAGCGGUCCAACUGUUGGUUACUGCACUAUUUAUAAUUGGCACAGUCCUAGGAAAUUUGCCAGUACUGUUGUAUUUUUUUAUAUGUAUAUUUAAAAAGUGCCACGUGAUCUGCUCAGUGGUAUUUGGGAGGGGGUUGUACAAAAAGCAUUGCCAAAUGUUUUUAUAGAAAAAAAUAAAUUAUGAAUCAAUGAUUAUUUAUGAUGUGGUUUGUAUAAAUUUGCACAAAUUUCAUUGUAAUUCCUUUAUUUAUAUGAAGGAAUUUUAUAGCAUGGCAAUGAUUUUGUUUUCCAAAUAAGCUUGUGGAUAUCAAGUGAAUAUGCAUGAUUUAUUUAAGUAUUUGUCAGUGUAGGUAAAUUAUUUUACAUGAAAAGCAUAAAUCUGCUGCGUCUGGAAGCGUUUAUUACCAGAUCUGUUUUGCUAUGAACAAUUGAGUUUCUUUUUUUAACAAAACUCACAAAUGUGCGUACAUUUGAUUACAUACUACUUUCAAUAAAAUGUUUGUAUCACAA